CAUAAUAAGUUUCGAGUGAACAAACUGACAUAAUGGAUCCUCCACCAAGCGACUCUCCGAUCAGAUCGGGUUUCCAGAGAGUGGAGAUCCAAAAGACGACGUGGGAAAUCCCACAAAGAUACACGGCGCUCAAGGCACUUGGCUCCGGUGCCUACGGUACAGUUUGUUCUGCCAUAGAUCAGAGAACCAAGGAAAAGGUGGCUAUUAAGAAGCUGUACCGUCCUUUUCAGUCCCUCAUCCACACCAAAAGAUCUUACCGAGAACUCAGGCUACUUCGCCACAUUGACCAUGAAAAUGUGAUAUGUCUCCUUGACGUAUUCACACCCGAUUCCUCUGUGGAGAAAUUCCAAACCUUUUAUAUGGUGAUGCCCUUUGUAGCACAGGAUCUGGGCCACAUCAUGAAGAAGCGGAGAUUAACAGAUCGCAUCAUAACGUACUUGUUCUACCAGCUUCUAAGAGGACUUAAGUAUAUUCAUUCGGCUGGAAUCAUCCACCGGGACCUAAAACCUGGUAACCUUGCAGUGAAUGAGAACUGUGAACUAAAGAUAUUGGACUUUGGCCUUGCUAGACAGACAGAGAGUGAAAUGACUGGUUAUGUGGUCACCCGCUGGUACCGAGCUCCAGAGGUCAUAUUCAACUGGAUGCACUAUAGUCAGACAGGUAUAGGCUUUGGGGUCGGGGGUGGGGAUGUUCUCAAACGAGGCUUUCAGUUAUGUCGCAAUGAAAUUUGUCUCCACGUCACAGUGGAUGUCUGGUCGGCUGCCUGUAUCCUGGCCGAAAUGAUCACUGGCCAGGUUCUCUUCCCCGGGCAUGACAGUAUUGAUCAAUUAAAAAAGAUCCUGCACUUGACCGGAACACCUGACUCCUCAUUGGUAGGGAAGAUGCAGAGUAAAGACGCACAGUCGUAUGUUCAAGGUCUCCCUGCGCUAAAGAAGAAGAACUUCAAAGAGGUCUUUCCAUCCAUGGAAGAAAAUGCAGCUGUGUCACUACUUGAGGGAAUGUUGGCACUGGAUCCGGACACAAGGCUGACAGCCUCGCAGGGGCUGUCGCACCCAUUCUUGGCGGAAUAUCAUGACCCAGAGAGCGAGCCGGACUCUCAGCCUUAUGACGACUCCUUUGAGAACCUGGAGCUUGCCAUCGGGGAGUGGAAGAGCCUCAUUCACAUGGAGAUCAUGACUUUUGACCCUGAUGACCCCAGUAAGACUGCCAUUUAGGGUGAAGCAUUGGCACCACGAUUAACUGGUUUUUAAUAAUCCCAUUAAACAUUCUUGCUAUCAGAGAAUGAAAAUUUGAGAAUGUGAAUGAUUGGGAACUAAUUAUGCCCAAGUGAAUAAUAUUUUAUGGGUUGUAAGCACAUUUUAGACACACUUUCUAUACAUUUGUAACAACACAGUUUAAGGUCGGAGGAGAGCCCCAAAGAUUCCCCUUGAGGUUUGAGAACAGUUGAACUUUGAUUUAAAGGAGUUUGAAACAGCAGACUUGGGAUUGAAUUGAUCAAAUGGGAAUAUCUUCUGGAACUGAAAAUGCCUGCUUGCAGCAGACAAUAUCUGUUAAUUCCGGAAUUGGUUGCUGUUGUUUACUGGUGCCAACACUGGAACAAGCAAUAGAACGAGACAUGUAACCAUAUUUCUGGGAAUAGAUGCUGUUGUUUAUGCAAAUGUCACUGGAACAUGCUAUACGGAUUUUGGUACAGGAUACAGUUUUUUUUUUUUUUUUUUGGUCAAGCUAUUCACUAUGGCAGGGGUGGACCAACUAGUCAGAGGUCAAGAGAUAUUUUUUUGGACUGUGCUCCUAAAAAAAGCCACAUCAUACACAUGGACAUCAUUUCCUCGUCACGCACAUAUCUUUGCUCAGUCGGAUUUAUUGUAGAUGUCACACACCAACAUGAUAGCAAGAAAAAUUGACUCCUUGAGAUUAUCAAGACCACAGGCCAGUAAUUUUAAAGAAUUCAAAUGUUGUGCUCCUUCUCACACAGACAAACUCCCAGUUCAACUAAGUCCUGUCUUGUAUGUCACAACUCUCAACACUACAAUAGUCACGAUUAGACAUCUGAGUGCAACUGCGAAUCAAUAGGCUUGAUAAUGUCCAAUAUUCUCUGUUCAACGGUGUCGAGGGAUAGUUGAAGUUGUGUAAAAUUGUUGUUUUCUGACAAAAGAGUUCAGUGACCUCACUGAGGCAUAUUUUUAAUAAAUUCUCCUUCAUUGUAUGGCUUCUUCGCAUUCUCGUGCCACCUCAAUAAACAUUGUUUAUAGCAUUUUGAGAUAUAUUAUAUUUUUAAAAGAGAAGGUGAUGUACCCUGUUCCAGCUAUCUCAUCUUACGUAGUGUAUUCAAUGAAAUGCAGUUUGAACAUGAUUUUCAAAUUAUUCUAUUCCCUUAUUAUUUAUGUUUAACACAACAUCCCAAAUUCAUUUUUGGUUAAUGCUGUAAACAUACGUCAUUUGUUUCUGUACUGGAAGUCAGAUGGAUGUUAUACUUUCGCCCACUAGGAAGCAGUAUUUGAUCAAUUUAGAAAAACGAAGUAUGAUGAUCUGCCGACUCCGGUAGUGCGGGUCUUUCAUAAAAAUCAAUAAAUCCUGGAUCAAUCGCAGAUCUCAAAAUCCAAACUGAGCUUGCAAUGUCCAGGCCAAAUACAAAAUAAUGGCAAACACUUUUCAGAAUGAUGCACUGCCGUGUUAAAAUGCCAACCCUUUAACCCAUUAUAAUGAAAUAUAAUAUCAGCAGUUAAUCCUAAGGAAAUAAUUAAAAAUGCACGAUCCGCGGUGGCGGUAGAUACACAGAGCUGUGCUGCACGGACAUUUAAUUCGCAAGGGGUUUUCACCCCCACAUUCUGUGUUAAAUUAGGGCAAUGUUCCAGUCAAGCACGGGUUGCUGCAUCCUAUUCCGCUUAUAAAUAUAUCUCCAUCUGAGACAAUUGUGCUGUUUUUAAUGACCGUGAAAGAAGUAUCCAACACAUUUUUGAGGUCAUCAACAGUUAGCUUUCUGUACAGUUUUUCUGGGGCAAGUGUUGCUAAGGAUGCACCCAAAAACCUAUAUCCAUCAGCGCAGAUGUCCCACUUUUUAAUAUAGUGCUGUAUACCAGUCCAUGAAAAUGCCAGAUGUGGAUUUAGUCCAAAGUUGCACCAAGUGCAACGCUGGAUUUGGAAAAGUCAAGAGGUUGUUUGUUGUAGUUGCACUGUUUAUUCUAUUUCUUUUAAAUGAUGCCACAUACUAUGUGACAGGAUUUGACAUUUUAAGUUGAACAUCUCUGUGCCUGAGAAGUUUCAAAGUAAAAACCAGAUUCUUU